GAAACUAAAGGUGACGGACCGGUUUCCUGAGAGCUCUUCCGGGGUCAACAGACGGAGUUUGUUCACGCGUUUUACAUGCUUUUUAGUCACUGAAUCUCCUGUCGACCUCCACGGUGUGUGUUUUUCGGUGAACGCGGACAGAGAGCGGCUGAGUUAUGAACCCGGUCCUCCGGAAGUUGCAGGUGUGUGUCACACAACAGGCGCUGGUGUUAAAUCAAGCAUUUACAUCAUGCAGUUCCACGCCGUCCAUCCGGCAUCCUGUUUGGUGCACGGCUUCUGCAAAUGAGCGACAGUACAGAAGCAUGCCGACCCACGGGAUCGGAAGAUGGAGGCAUCUUAUAAUUAAACAAGCGCCAAAGAAAAAGAGAGACAAACCGCAGAUGAAGCCCAUCCUCCCUGCCACCAACACGGCAUACGGCUCUCUGAAUGUGAAACUGUCGGGCUACGACAUGACGCUGGUGGAGCACUACACCCAGUACAUCCACAACCUCUGCAACCAGCUCGGCAUCAAAGUGGCAGAAAGCUACGCUUUGCCAACAAAGACCACCGAGGUCAUGCUGAUGCAGGAGAAAGGCACCAAGAUGUACAUUGAUUCCGUCUUAAAGACUCACGAGAGAGUCAUCCAGGUGAACAGGCUCAGCACUGCACUGUGUCCCGUCUUCAUGGAUGUUCUGCUGAAGAAUCAACCAGAGGGAGUCCAGCUGUCUGUGAAGGAGCACACUGAGGCUGAUUUCCAUUCACGGUUUAAGGCACGUCCAGAGCUGGAGGGGCUCAUGGCUCAGAUCAACCAAUAGGACCUUUUCAAGUGCGACUCAUUUCUAAAACUCUACGCGACACCGGCUUUCCACCUCGUUAGCAAGAAAUACCAGUUUGAAUUUAUUUAUUGCCUGAAAAAUAACUGCAUCCAUUUGUAGUUGACAUUUCUUUUGUGACCUUUGGAAAAUAAAACAACCCGUUUCCCAACCUAAA